AUGCCUACAGAGAAGGGAAACCAACAAGACGACUCUCAAAAGGAGCCGGUACCUGCUACAGAGGCUAUAGAUGCUGUAAUGCAUGCGUGGGCAAAGGCUUAUCGCGCCGCCCUGGACGCCGCGGACAAGGAACUCGCCGACCAGUCCAAGCAAGCCUCCGGCGAUGACAAGCCGAACUCCUGUGACAGCAAGUCAGGCACCGACGACAAAAGUCCGACCGCAAAGAAAUAG